UUUUCUUCAAUAGAUGAAGCUAGUGGUUCAACAUUCGGUUUGACCGGGUGGUGGGACUGCAAUCGAUCCGUUUGGACUGCUUAUCGCCAGGGCAAAAGUUCUUGACUGGUCAAUGGACUAUCAAGUUCAAACGAUCAGAUUGUUCGAACUUGUCUAUUUGACCGCUGGGCAGGAGAUGUCGAGGGAUUGCGAGCCAUCUUCCUUGACAUGGUUUCUUUGAGAUUAUACCAAAAACUAGACUUGUAAAUAUUUGUUAUCGUUGGACUUUGUGGAGUUAAAACAUUUGUGGAUAGGGAUUGAUACUGUAGAUAGAAAUGGAAUCAAAGAACGGAAAGGUAUUGGAUAAUGGUCAUAGAAUUGGGGUUGACUUGAAGAGAAAGCGGGCAUCCGCCUUUGAUUCUCUAUCCAACAAGCUUUACAAGAGGGUGAGGUCAAAUGGAUGCAAGAAUGAAUCUGGCACUCGUUCUAACAGAAGUGCAUUAAAAAAAUAUUCAAAUUUUAUGAAGAGUGGGUUGCCACAACGUCUGAUGUUUCAAUACAAUGGUGAAUGGACUGAUUUUCCAGAGGAAUUUCUUGAGUUGGUUAAGAAAGAUUUUCAGGAAAAGAAGGCAGUCAUUGAAGUUGAAUUCAAGGGUCAUCGUUCAUUGCUAAAUUUUCUGGACAUGAUUCAAGUUGAUCUGAAAAAAGGUUCACAACGACCAAUUGCUUGGAUUGAUGAAACAGGUGGCUGUUUCUUUCCAGUGGCAUAUUCUGAUGACCAGGAGCUUCGUAGCUGUUUUCAAUCGGAACUGGGGGAAGAGAAGUUACAUGUACAUUUGGAACCGGAGGUGACCCAUGGAAUCAAGUUGCAACUGGAGAUUGAACUAACUGUUGCCAGUAACAUGACGUCAGAAGAAUGCCGUGAGGAAUCAUAUACUUGUGUUAAGCGGCUUAAAGUUGAACAAAAACCUUUGAGUAACCAUCUUGAAGAACAUGACAGCACCAAUGCCAAAUCAGAUGCAAAGAUUGUGGAAGCUAUUGGGGAGAAUAGGCCUUCGGGUGAAAACUUUCUUUCUCAAAAGCCUAGGUUUGAUGAAUUGACCCAUGUUGCUGUGCAAGAUAUGUUCCUUUUGGGUAUGGGCCCGUCAAUGGGUGCGGAGGACAUUCUUGAGAUAUACCGUGGCUCAAGUAAUUUGUUGCAAGCUCGGUUGGAGCUUUUCCAGAAGCAAUUUGAAAUUACAACAAAGUAUCGGGGUGAUGCAAGUAUAAGAUAUGCUUGGCUUAGUUCGUCCAAAGAAGCAGUAUCCCGAAUAAUGGUGCAUGGCCUUGGUUUAAAUGAACUUCCUAAAGCUGAGCCCAUGUAUGGGGUCGGUGUUCAUCUCACACCGGAAAACUGCUCCUAUAUCAGUGCAAGUCAUUGUGAUGUAGACGAAAAGGGAGUACGGCAUAUGGUGUUGUGUCGUGUAAUUAUGGGAAACAUGGAACUUGUUCAUCCUGGAUCUGAACAGUUUCAUCCAAGUAGCGAAAACUUUGACAGUGGGGUAGAUGAUCUUCAAAAUCCAAAGCACUAUAUAGUAUGGAACAUGAAUAUGAACACGCACAUCUAUCCGGAAUAUGUCGUCAGUUUUAGGAUGCCACCCAAUCCUGAAGGUUAUUUAGUUGGGAAGGAAAGCAAAAUUGAUGUUUCUGGAGUGUCAGAUUUAACUUGCAGUCAAGGUCAACUACAACCAGAUUCUUGUCUAGUUGAUUCGAUAGAUGCAGAUAUACUCAUAUUGGAAGCGGAAUCAUAUCACCUCUUACUGUUCACUUUCGGUCUUGCUCUUCCCUCUUUUAGAGAUGAUGGGGCAUUUGAUGCCAUCAAAGCAAGGUCUGCAGAUCAGAGCUGCCCAUAGGUUCUGGAAAGUUAGUGCUCUUGGUUAGCCAUCUGAAGUGCUGAUGCUGACAGUGGGAACAGAGGGUGCUCAAAGGAGUAUUCAGAAAAUAAGUUUUGGAGAGAACUGCUUUUUGUUACUUAGUCGUCAGAAUUUCUGAGGCUGUGCUAGUUAGAAGACAGCCCUCAAACGGAUUACUUUUACAAAGGAAUGUUCUUUUGCUUGUUCAACUUACCUCCCUGAGGUUACUUGCUUGGUUAUUCAGCCUUGGAAACCCUGAGGCUGUGCUAUGGAACACUAGCAGCUAAAGAAUCAAUUCACAAAAUAGGGUUGUGGAGAGUUUACUGCAAUUAAUAACAGAGUCAUCGGAAACACUGAGGCUGUGCCAUUGGGACCACAAUGGUGCAAAAAGAGUAAUUGGAAAAAUAUUGGUCUUUCGAUUCCUCAAUUUACCCCUUCAAGCACCUUGAAUCGAAGACACAUUUGCAAUGAAUGGAAUUUCAAAAUGGAAACACUGGAAGCAUGGAGUUCCGGCAGACAACUUCUGCUUGCCAGUAGCUUUCUACUUUGUCUUCAACGCGAAUUGAACAAGGCAUAAGGUUGAUUUACCCUUCCACUUAACUAA